AGGACAUGCUGAAGCUACAAUAUGAGCCUCAAAGAUGGAGGUGAUGUGUUUCUGAUAGACUGAGCUUGAUGAGACAGACAACCCUUAGCACACAGUGGCAGAAAUGUGCUGCUGUUCAGGGGCCUUGCUGAUGUUAGAAAAUCAGUAAUCUCACCACGGGGUUACAGAGCAUUUCUUGUUUUGGCUGUGAACAGAAAUGAUGGUUCUGCCAAAAGGUGCUAGGAUAGGCUACUGAGGAAGAAAUGGUAUACAGUAUAUCACAGUACAAAUAUGAACAUAUUACAUGCACAAUACUGAAUCCCCAUCCUUUACUGAUUAUUUGUGAAUAGAGUAAUACAAAUGUAGAAGCAAUGAUAGUGAAAUUAGGAGUGGCAAUACCACUGAACCCCUAGUUCCUUUAAACAGUUUUAAAAAAACAUGACCUCUACAUGUUUCCAUUGACAGUAUUCUGGCAAAGCCUUAUCAUAAGACUACAUAUAAGAGAAAAGUCAUCCUAUCUCACCAAGGGAAUAUAAUAGGGGUUAGAUAAACACCAUUUUGAAUGAUCUUCUCGCUAAGGCACACUGAUAUCCCCUGGAAACGCUCUUUCAACCACUAAUCAUCUGCUCAUACCACAUGCAGAUAAUCAACCGUUUAUACUCUCUUAUUUGACCAUGCUAGUGAAAUCCCUGUUAAUCAUUCCCUGUUUUUUUUAUAAUAAGGAUUAGUGGGUAGCCUUUAUUAUAAAUCAAUUUUUAUUUUACCUUUAUUUAACUAGGUAAAUCAGUUACGAGCAAAUUCUUAUUUACAAUGACGGCCUAAGAACAGUGGGUUAUGCCUUGUUCAGGGGCAGAACGACAGAUGUUUACCUUGUCAGCUCAGGGAGGCUAUAGUCUGAUUCUAUCAAGGAGACUAAUGUGUAUAGCACAUAUAAACACACACUUGAAAACGGAUAGCAUCGAAGUAUCAGACUGUGAGAAUGGUUAAAUACUUCUGUCCUGUAUUGGUUGUAAGAAUAAUUUAGUUCCUCGAUAAUGGCCCAUGUUAAUUGGAUUAGUUGAGCUAAUUGUUUAGCGCGUCAAUCCGUCAAUCGUUGCCGAUCAGUCGUUAAUAUAUACAAACCAAGGGUGUAUCAAUCGUUUUGUUUGUCCACUAAUCUAACGUAGACCAAACAUAACUGGUUUCGAGACAUUACCUACAUCUAAUCUGCCUGUUUAAUUUAUUGAGGAACAUUUAGGUCAAUGCAUAGCAUAGGACAUGCAAAAUGAAAACUCGUCGGGGAUUUGAACUCGGGACCUCACGCACUCAACACGAUAAGCAUAACCUUAGACUACCGCGAUAUUAAAAGUUGUAAAGAAGCAAACCUGUAGUCCAAUUUAAAAUCAUAGUUAUAACGUUGUAAUGUCACUUUGACGCGCGCGUAAUCUGGACAUCAAUCACGGAUUUGCGUAUUUUCAGCGAUUUAGGGAGGUCUAAUUAUCAAGGGUAUUCUCAUAGUUCAUGGGCUGUUUACAAAAUAGGCUUUCAGAUAUCAUAUAAACACAGAGAUCCAACAUGCAUUUUAUAUUAUUGUAAAAUUGUUGAGAAUAUUAUACUGGCAAAUGUUAUGUUGUCAAAUUGUCACACAGAUUAGAUUAGAAUGUUGCAGAUGUGUUUUCAAAGGAAAUCUUCCAAAUACUUUAGGCCAGUGCUAGUUAAUAGAAGUGUUGCAUGUUAAUGAAUGGCUUUAUCCCGCAUUAGCCUACAUGUCUAACACUUUGUAUGGCUGUAGUUUAAUCAAUCAUGAUUAAUGGCACAUAGGUUAACCAGCAUUGUAGCAACAACAUCAUAAAUGUAGGGGCCAUCUUUUGAAAUGCAUAGGCUAUAUAUAUAGGAUAACUGCUAAUAGGCAUAUGUUACAGUUCCAUCCCAGUGAAUUCACAAAAUUAGAAUUUGAUCCGUGAAGCUGUGUUCAUUCCAUGGUUCAUUCACAAAUCGCCAAUUUAAUGGGGCGUGGCUAUCGUAGCGGCGACAUAAGAAGACUCCCUGGAGCUGAGGUCACACCACCAGUGGCUUGUAUCUCAUAGUAGGGCCAUACCUACAGACUCAUAGGCUAAAUAAAACAAUACUAUCACUGGAUAAUCACAUCGGACUACUAAAGGAGUCGUUUGGAGCUUGUUUUUAUUGUUUUACAUUUUAGGCAGAUUUGUAAACAUUUGUUUACAAUGAAAUUCCACAUGGAUUUAUUUCUAUUGACAUUUAUUGUGAACGCGAACUGCUCUGCUGCUAUAUAUUGGCUUGGACUUACUGUAAAUGGGAGUUCUUUAGGCUGGAAUCAAACUAAUCAUUGCAAGCUGCUAGACGCGUUGGCCCAUGAGCAAUUGCAACUUUGUCGGCGAAAUAUCGAGUUGAUGCACAGUAUUGUCCACGCCGCCAAGAUGACCAAAAAUACAUGUCAGAACACCUUCGGUGACAUGCGGUGGAACUGUUCCUCUGUUGAAAAAGCCCCUCGUUUUACACCAGAUUUAGCAAAGGGCACCAGGGAGUCUGCGUUUGUGUUCUCACUAGCUGCUGCCGUAGUGAGUCACUCCAUCGCCAGAGCCUGCUCUUCUGGAGAGCUCCCCAGCUGCUCGUGCGCCCCAGCCCCUGCUGAACAGGCCGGGCCCGAUUUCAAAUGGGGAGGAUGUGGUGAUAACCUGCACUAUGGUCUCCAAAUGGGAUCUGCUUUUUCUGAUGCACCGAUGAGAAACAGCAGAUCUGGCUCUCAGCCGUUCAGACUGAUGAACUUGCACAAUAAUGCAGUUGGAAGACAGGCACUUAUUGAUGCCCAGGAGACCAAUUGCAAAUGCCAUGGGGUAUCUGGGUCCUGCUCUGUCAAAACAUGUUGGAAGGGCCUCCAUGAUAUUAAUCACAUUGCCAUGGAUCUCAAAUCCAAGUACCUGUCUGCCACCAAGGUGAUCCAUCGUCAUGUUGGGACAAGGAAGCAGUUGGUCCCCAGAGAGUUGGAUUUUCGACCAGUGAGAGAGAGUGAUUUGGUCUACCUGAUCAGCUCUUCGGAUUACUGCACAUACAAUGAGAAGCAUGGCUCACUCGGCACACAGAACAGACAGUGCAAUAAGACAUCCAACGACAGUGGGAGUUGCGAUAUAAUGUGCUGUGGUCGCGGCUACAAUGCCUUCACUGAGAGAAUUGUGGAGAGAUGCCAGUGCAAGUAUCACUGGUGCUGCUAUGUCACCUGCAAGAGGUGUGAAAGGACAGUGGAGAGAUAUGUAUGCAAAUAAACUUUGCAUAGAGACACUUGAGUAAACAUGAAGCACUAUUUUAACCACCAUAUCUUGUCAAGUUGUGCUGGCCCAGGUCACCUGACCUAACUCCCCGUGUAGUAGUACGUAGUCUGCAGGCUACAGUACAAUAAAAAACAAGAGGAACAACUCACAUACAAUACCAAAGAUAAACAGAUGGAUCUGGACUCAUCUGUUACCUGUUUUAAAGAGACUGGAGGAGGGGCACUACUGUGAAAAAUAUUGUGUUACUUGAAGAGAAAAUGUGAUUGAUUGGGAGCUGUUAGCUAUUCAUGCUUGAUUAGUAACAUGUUCCUCAAUAGAAGAUUAGUUGAAUUGAUUACAAAGGAGGUACCCUAAAUGGAAACCUUCCAGUCAGCUUUAAGUUGUUCAACUGACACUGAAAAGCUUUUAACAAUUUACAUCUUACUCAUUAACUAAAUUGCCAAAUGAGAGGCAGAAUAGCUGAUUGAUCUAAUUUGAAUGUCCAUUUUAGUCAAAAGGGGCUAAUGCCAUAUACUCCUCAGUUUAGGUACAUUCUGAUCAUAGGCAUACAGAAUACAUUUUAGCUGUAUUUUUUGUUUUUAUUAAUACAUUAGGCAUGUUGAUGUACAUAAGUGCAAUUUUAUAUUUAUUUCUAUUAAAAAAACUACACAAAAAUGUUACAUGUGUCUUGUUAA